AAGCAAAAAAAAAAAAAAAGAAAAAAGAAAUUCUGGUAGAGUUACUUCCCACUGAAAGCCACCUCACUUAAACGCCCCAAAAGGCCAGAGCCCCUCCUCUCUCCCCACACCCUGAGGAGAGAAGAGGAGAGAAGAGAAGAGAAGAGAAGAGCUUAAUUAUAGCCCACGCAUCAAACACACCUUCCCCACACGAGCGCACCAACACCAUGACUCCGAGCCACACCAACACCAACACCAACACCAACACCUCGUCUUCGUCCUCGUCGUCGUCUUCGUCUCCACCUCUGAGCAUGAGCAGCAGCAGCAGCAGCAGCAGCAGCAGCAGGAGCAGCAAGUGGGGGCCGUACUCGAGCGGGAAGGAGUUCGACGUGAACAUGGCGACGGUGCUCGUCGUCCUGCUCUGCGCCGCGCUCCUCGCCUUCUCCCUCCACGCCUCCGCCCGCCUCCUCCUCCGCCUCCGCCUCCGCCGCCGACCCCGACAACCCCCCAAGUCCCCCUCCGCCGCCGCCGCCGCCCCUGCGCCGCCUCUGGUGGCGUUCUCGUCCGCGGCGUCGGCGGAGUGCGCAGUCUGCCUCUCGGAGUUCGCGGAGGGGGAGCGCGUGCGCGUGCUGGCGGCGUGCGGCCACGCCUUCCACGGCCCCUGCGUCGACGCCUGGCUCGCCGCCCGCGCCUCCUGCCCCACCUGCCGCGCCCCCUAUCACCCACACCAUCAGCAUCAACAUCAACAUCAACAGCAACUGCAACUGCAACUCGUGAUCACACCCUCCUCCUCCUGAAUUGUUCUUUGUUAUUAUUAUAUAUAUUUAAUUUUGCUUUUUUCUUUUCUUUUCUUUUUUCCUGGGGGUUCUGUUCGAUUUAGGUUUUGGAGCUGGUGUGGUACUACUAGUAGUAGUGGUAGAGCAGAUCAAACCUCUCCAAAAGAAAAUAAGGAAAAAAAAAAUAAAGGAAGAUAAAAAAGGAAGGGUUUUCCUCGAUCCUGUAGUAUGGAAAGUUGUAACUGGUUUUUACUGUUUCUGCUACCAAACAAGUAAAUUACGAGUCAUGCUAACGAUGUCUUCUAGAA